AUGGCACGCGACGAGGAGGAAGGCAUGCUCUUGGCGCCUUGCGUCGCUCUGCAGGUGACGCGCCAAGGCCUCGACCGGGCCACGUCUGCCGCAGUGCUCGCUCCUUUUCAUGGCAGGGAGGAGUCCAACGAAGCAGAGGGAGAAGGAGGAAGGGCGAAGCAGACGUCCACGCGGUGGCAUUUGACGAUCUUUCAGGUUCCCGAGAAUGACCAGCUCAGCUGCUUGGACAGCAUGCUGGUACAGACUGGUCCAGCACAUGCUUACUUUCCGUGCGAACCUUCCUCUAAAAAAAAAGAGACGGGGGGUUCCAAGGCAGAAAAGGGGGAUCAGCGCAAGCUACAACACAUCUUGGAGCGGCAGGGCAUCGAUGCGUCUCCUCUACCCCAAAAGGGUAGUGCCUUCCGCCCCCCUCCGGAGGACUUCGAAUCCAACCUCCUCCCUCGCCUCCUCACCCCCCAGAGCCGCGAUUUGUUGCAGUAUAAAAAAGAGCUGGAUUACACACAGGCCAUGGCCUGUGUGCACGCCCUUGUCACCGCGUUGGACCUCCGAGACGAGGAGGUGUCCAUCCAUCUCUCCUUAGGGUCCUUGGAUCAAUUUAUGCGCCUGGACAGCAGCGCCGCCGAGGCCAUCAACCUCUUCCCGCCCGAACGAGGAGAGCAGCGUUGGGUGGAAAAUGGAAGCCUGUAUCAGAUCCUGAACAAGUGCAGGACGAAGAUG